AGAAGUUCCAGGUCGAACAUCUUUCUCGACCUAGGUAUUGACCGGUGUUAGAAAAGGUAACGUGCUCAUACGACUUACGGACAAUGCCCACGCAUUCCAUUGGUACAGCCCACGGACAUCGGAGCUAUGACACGCUAGGAAAGUCCUUCUCGGUUCUAAAAGUAGGUCCUAGGCAAUGUAUCUGGAUGACUCCUUCGUAUUCACCCUUAAUCAGUCCGACCGCCUUUCGCCGUUCUUUCCUAAAAUGACUGUAUUAGGGGAGUAUGCAUUCGGAUGACCGCUCCCCUGGUUUGGUUGUCAUGAUGUUCCGGUCGAGCAUCAUUUCCCUGCUUAGCUCUUUUGUAUUGACGAUGCAUUCGGCUCCGGGAAUAAUUAAGGUCAUAGGUACCGUACGCCUAAUUACACCGGUAAUACAUCGAAGAAAACAAGGCAACGACGAACGACUAAGUAAUUUGAUAUGCCUGACUGACUAAAAUAAUCGAAUAUGCACCAAGCAGGGGCUGAGAGACAAGAGAUAAGAAAAGCUGAAACAUUCCACUCUGGAACGUCCAAUUUCGCGAUAGUCAUGGCUGGGGGACUAUCAGUAUCUCGGAACGAGAUGGAGCACAGGGCCUGUAUAUCAGUGGGG